AUGUCCGUGAUCUCGAUCGGACUGGUACUGCAAGUGAACGGAGCGGUUGUGAAGAAAACCAUCUCGAAUGCUGCAGCAGUCCGCAUCUGUGUGUGCUCAGAUCUCGUGUAUAUGGCCGUGUCCAUUGCGGUCGCUGCGCUGAUAAAAUUCCCCAUUCCGUUUGGUUGGGUGCUCAUGGUCGGGCCGUACAUCUCGAUUUUCUCGACAAAUACUGCUCUCUCUAUCGGAAUUUCUAAGCUGAAGCAGUCCCCAGUCCUACAAAAACAAUUGUUCACGCUGCUAAUGAUUGUGCUCGCGCAGGGACUUGUGGCUAUAGCGUAUCCAAUCUUCAACGCCAUAUUCAUUCGUCUCUCUGGUAUCACUCAGACGGUUUUCGUCUUUGUGAUGCCCAUGAUCAAGUUCACCACAAAGCAGAUCAUCGCGAGCUCAGCGAAGAGUCUUCACGAAUACGUGGGGCCGACUGUCGUCUUCUCGGUGGACGUCUUCAAUGUGUUUUACGUCGCCAUUUGCAUGCAAAUGGCAACGUCGACGACCACCGCUUUGAUAUUCAUUGCGUCCGAGAGUUUCCACGUCGUGUUGGCUCUCCGCGACAUUUUCCACCACCAAACCGCGGUUCUAGCAGGCACCCGCGAGAGCUGGACGCUGUUCCACUCGGAAUACGUGCUUCUGGCUGAGUACAUCGAAUUCGUACUGCCUGUGCUGUAUUCCUUGUACCUCUCAGCGCUCUUUCAUCUGCCGGUUGCAGCGUAUUAUCCACACACGGAAUCUUUGACAGAGCAGAAGCUAGCGCAGACAGUGGCAAGUAACCUGGUGUUCGCGGCGGUGGAGUUCGUAGCGUUCGUGGGCCUGGUCGUUGUACUGAAGCGGAAGUUCAGGUUCUCGCCGCUCUAUCAACUGGCGCUCGUGCUCGAGGCUCAGUUUUGUACCAUCCAGGGACAUCUCAUCGUGUGGAACUUUUACAUUCUGCAUCUGCGGUUGAAGCAUUACGGUGUCGAUUUUGAUGCGCCGUUCACCUAA